CAGUGGGGGUGACCGCCCCCCUCCUCUUGGCCUGACAGGAAUCAUGGCACUCUGGCGGGCAUACCAGCGAGCCCUGACCGUUCACCCGUGGAAAGUACAGGUCCUGACAGCUGGGUCCCUGAUGGGCCUGGGUGACACUAUCUCACAGCAGCUGGUGGAGAAGCGAGGUCUGCGGGGACACCAGGCUGGCCGGACCCUGAUCAUGGUCUCCCUGGGCUGUGGCUUUGUGGGCCCUGUAGUAGGAGGCUGGUACAGGGUUUUGGACCGCCUCAUCCCCGGUACCACCAAGGUAGAUGCACUAAAGAAGAUGCUGUUGGAUCAGGGGGGCUUCGCCCCAUGUUUUCUGGGCUGUUUCCUCCCACUGGUAGGAGCACUCAAUGGCCUGUCAGCCCAAGACAACUGGGCCAAGCUACGGCGGGACUAUCCUGACGCCCUUGUCACCAACUACUAUCUCUGGCCUGCUGUGCAGGUAGCCAACUUCUACCUGGUCCCCCUUCAUUACAGGUUGGCUGUUGUCCAGUGUGUCGCGGUCAUCUGGAACUCCUACCUGUCGUGGAAGGCCCACCGGCUCUAGGCUGGCCUCACCCCGGUGUCUGCGCGGGCGGUGCUGCAGCUUGACCCCAGCGCGGUCGCACGGCCUCCCUGAAGUGGGCACAUCGCUUUUCCUGGGGUUCCGUGGCCACUCAGAACUUAAUGGGCUGAGC